CAUGGCGCCCGCGCGCGCCCCGGGAGGAGUGGGAGCGGUGGACCGGCAGCGCGGAGACUCUGGCUCUGCCCGGCCCGGCGAUGGAGUUUCCGGACCUUGGGGCUCACUGUUCCGAGCCGAGCUGUCAGCGCUUGGAUUUUCUGCCGCUCAAGUGCGAUGCCUGCUCGGGCAUCUUCUGUGCAGACCAUGUGGCCUACGCCCAGCAUCACUGUGGAUCCGCUUACCAAAAGGAUAUCCAGGUACCAGUGUGUCCCCUAUGUAAUGUACCUGUGCCUGUGGCCAGAGGGGAGCCUCCUGACCGUGCUGUGGGAGAACACAUUGACAGAGACUGUCGCUCUGAUCCAGCACAGCAAAAACGUAAGAUAUUCACCAACAAGUGUGAACGCUCUGGUUGCCGGCAGCGGGAGAUGAUGAAACUGACCUGUGAGCGCUGUGGCCGAAACUUCUGCAUCAAGCACCGUCACCCACUGGACCAUGAUUGUUCUGGGGAGGGGCACCCAACAAGCCAGGCAGGACUUGCUGCCAUUUCCAGAUCACAAGGUCUGGCUUCUUCAACAAGCACCAUCCCCAGCCCAAGUCGGAUCUUACCUUCCUCUACCUCUCCCAGCAGAGCCACAACCCAAUCUCCGUCCCGGACAGUCCCUCCAGUGAUUACUUUGCAGAAUGGCUUGAGUGAGGAUGAGGCUCUGCAACGUGCCCUGGAACUAUCUCUAGCAGAGACCAAACCCCAGAUCCCAAGUUCUCAGGAGGAAGAAGACUUGGCUUUAGCUCAAGCACUAUCCGCCAGUGAGGCAGAAUACCAACGGCAGCAGGCGCAGAGCCGCAGCUUGAAGCCGUCCAACUGCAGCCUGUGCUAGGGUCCUGGGCAUGGGGAGGGAGGCUCAGCUGAGAAGGACUGUGGCCCUCACACCUCCAGGGUACACAGAGAGAGGAGGCACACAGCAGCCUGGAGUGCAGAGACGAGCAGAAGUGAGGCGGAGGCCGCUCCCAGGAGCACCAGAAGGCUUGCCGAGCUGAGCCUAUGAAAGGUCCUGCUAGCUCUUGAGCUGCAGGGAGAAAGUAACAGAACCAUUUCCUGGUUGGGCCCUAAGUGGGUGCUGGCCAGGCCCCACUCUCAGCUCCCUUCAUCAUGUCAUCCCCUUACCUGGGGCUGCCCCACACAGGUAGUGGGCAGGGAGGGGCCUGGAAAGAAUAAAGAUCUUGGCAGUUAGUAAGAUAUCCAAGUGG